AUGCUUUCUACCGCUCUUAAACUUCUUUCAAUCGCAUUGUUGGGCUCUCGCGCAGCAGCUCAAACAGUCGAACCAUUUGUCCUCGAUGGAAGACUUGACAGUGCUACUGCUAGUGAUGGCACUUACAACUCUGGCGGUACCAUUUCUGUCAACGGCUAUUCUGUCACGAUUCCGCAGAACCUCCAAGUACAAUUUCCGGCCGCUUUUGCGCCUUUUGGGGACUUUGCUAGUGGGGGAGCCUUUGUUGGCCAUGAAGUAUCCGUAAUAGGAAACGUGGUCAAUGGCAAAGCAAUUGCUGGUCUUGUGCAAAUCGGAGAAUAUCUUUUGCAAGGCAGUUCUGGAACAGUCGAAAGCAUCGACUCUGCCGCUGGCACUAUGAAGAUCAAGGGUGGUCCGACCAUCAGAAUCAACGAUCCCAAUGGUGUAUACUCUGUUGGAUACACCAAAUCUCCUCUCUACACUGCAGACGACGAGAACCCUUCCAUCACAGCAUUCAGUGGCUUCCCGAUGUGCAUCCCAAGAUCUUCAUCAGACCCGCUGUGUCCCUCGAGCAAUCGCCCUGCAGGACAAAGCACAUUUCAAGCAUCUGAUCCACUGAAGAUGGCUCCAUUCCAAGUUGGUGACUACCUUGAAUACUCUGGCAUCAACAUUGGUGGCACUAUCGUCUGCUACACAAUUCUUGCUCCGAAUGUACAGAUCACUACUUCAGGAGCUCCUACUUACAUCCGUGUCGAGGAUGCGAUUGUCGGCAUCUUCGACGGCACUGCCACUUCGGAAUUUGGUGAUUCCAGAGUAAGUUUUCGAGUUGGUGUUGUUAGACGUUGCGUUGUGCUGACCUUGAGCAGUNUCAUCGGUUACACCUCUGACCCAAACGCCGCCAUCACAGUUUACGCUAUCGAUGUCGACCCUUGCACUGGUCAAGAGACGGAAAGGAGCGUUGGCGCAGCUUCAUACAAGAGAGGCGAUGCUCGCAACAAGUGGGAGUGGAGAGCUGCUACUACCACAACAUCAAAAUACACUCGCGAAUACGUUAUGCGUGCUUCUACAGGCGAGAAACUCACAGACAACAAGAUCAACGCUGGUCGUUACGUCCAGCCUGUUCUAGAGUUUCUCUUCCCAGAAGCAAACGUCCCUGGCAUUGUUCCGCCUGUGAACGACUUCAGCAACUUCCCCUUCCUCGCACAAGGUCUGGGAUACGAUGAUCAAGGCAAUCUUUUCGGUCAACUCAAUCCCUGGCCGGGUGCCAAUGCUCCUGCUACAAAGAGCUGUGCUCCCUACUCUCCUGCUUCCACUUCUUCGGCUGCUGCUUCUGGUACUGCAUCGGCCUCAGCCGACGCUUCUGCUUCUGCUACAUCGACUUCAAGUGGUUCUGGCUCGGCUGCAGCAAGCACCCCUACCGUGGCUGUAGGAGGCACUCAGACGACUCGCCCAGGUGUUGUAGUCAAGCUUGGCUUCAACGUCACCAACCAGGCUGACUUUGGCACUAAUGAUCUCACAUACAGCUGGACUCAGGUCAGUGGACCUACUGUCACGCUGUCCAGCAACACCGCUGCAAGUCCCUCUCUCACUGCUCCGUCCGGCACAGUAAAGGCCACCUACAUCUUCAACAUCAAAGUGAGCAGUGCUGCUGCAGGCACAAGCGGGAACGCCAACGUCACAAUCGUCAGCGAUCCUGCUGUAAAGGAUAUUGUUACCAUCGACAGCUAUACAUACAACUCUUCAGGAGGUGGUCAGGUCACAGUCACUGCCAGCACCAACAUUGUUGGCUAUAACGCGAACUUGAAGUUGUAUCUGACAAACUCAGCAACGGGAACAGCUACCACAAUGACAUAUAACGGCAAUGGCAAGUACAGUGCUAGUCUACCCAAGACUAAGAAGCCAACCAACGGCAUCACUGUUGCGAGUGACGGAGGCGGUAGCAAGAGUACAACGCAGGUUACUGCAUAG